GUGUGUGUGUGUGGAGGAGGAAGCGCUGCUGCCGCUGCGUUAACCUCGCGCUAUAUUUAUUUACUCCGUGCUCCUUCCUUCCUGUCGGGCUCUUCCUCUUCCUCGGCCAGGUCCACUCCCUUUCCCUACCUGGCGAGGGUGUCUGUGCUUUGCCCCCUCCGCCUUUCUGCGUCUGUCUCUCUGUCCCCUCCAUGCACAUCAUGGUGGUGGGGAUGGUUGGAUGAAGGGGAAGGUGGGGAGAAAGAGAGAGAGCAGGGGAGAAAGAGGCGUUUCUGUUUCGGUGCCCCCCCCCCACCCCGCUUCGACCCCGUCGGGAGCAGCCGUCCUGCCCUCCCGCCUGCCUGCCUGCCUGCCUCUUCCCUUCAUCGGCUCGCCUCUGCUGUGCUUUGCCUGAGGUGCGUGUGAUAAGGCGGGAGCAGGAGCCACGGCAAGAGGCGGGUGGCGAGGGGGAGGAGGGAGAGGAGGAGGGAGAAGAAUAGGGUGCGCCGCCGGAGAGACCAUGAGGAAAUUUAACAUCAGGAAGGUGCUGGACGGCCUGACGGCGGGCUCGUCGUCCUCCUCCUCGGCUGCCUCCUCCUCGCAGCAGCCGCCGCCUGCAACCCGGGAGAACGACAUCCAGGAGACCCUACAGUCCGAGCACUUCCAGCUCUGCAAGACUGUACGCCAUGGUUUCCCCUAUCAGCCUUCGGCCUUGGCUUUUGAUCCUGUUCAGAAGAUACUUGCCAUCGGGACUCAGACUGGCGCUUUAAGGCUUUUUGGUCGUCCAGGCGUUGAAUGCUACUGCCAACAUGACAGUGGUGCUGCAGUAAUCCAGCUUCAGUUUCUGAUCAAUGAGGGAGCCCUUGUGAGUGCCUUGGCUGAUGAUACCUUACAUUUAUGGAAUUUGCGUCAGAAGAGGCCCGCUAUACUGCACUCCCUAAAAUUUAACAGAGAAAGGAUAACAUUUUGCCAUAUGCCGUUCCAGAGUAAAUGGCUGUAUGUGGGCACUGAAAGAGGAAAUAUACACAUUGUUAAUGUGGAGUCCUUCUCUCUCUCAGGCUAUGUCAUCAUGUGGAAUAAAGCCAUUGAACUGUCAUCCAAGUCUCAUCCAGGACCUGUUGUCCAUAUUAGUGACAAUCCAAUGGAUGAAGGCAAGCUAUUGAUUGGUUUUGAAUCAGGAACAGUAGCAUUAUGGGACCUCAAAUGCAAGAAGGCAGAUUACAGAUACACACAUGACGAGGCAAUCCAUUCUGUAGCUUGGCACCACGAAGGAAAGCAAUUUAUCUGUAGCCAUUCGGACGGCACCUUGACUAUAUGGAAUGUAAGGAAUCCUACCAAGCCAUUGCAGACAAUCACUCCACAUGGAAAGCAGGUAAAAGAUGGAAAGAAGCCAGAGCCUUGUAAACCUAUUCUUAAAGUGGAAUACAAAACUACCAGAGCUGGAGAACCUUUCAUCAUCUUGUCAGGUGGCUUGUCAUAUGACACUGUAGGAAGAAGACCCUGUUUAACAGUUAUGCACGGGAAGAGCACUGCUGUUUUAGAAAUGGAUUAUUCAAUAGUUGAUUUUCUAACCCUCUGUGAAACUCCAUACCCUAAUGAUUUCCAAGAGCCAUAUGCUGUGGUCGUUCUUCUAGAAAAAGAUUUAGUACUUAUUGAUCUUGCACAAAAUGGGUAUCCUAUAUUUGAGAAUCCCUAUCCCUUGAGUAUACAUGAAUCUCCAGUUACCUGUUGUGAAUAUUUUGCCGAUUGUCCUGUGGACCUUAUUCCAGCACUUUAUUCAGUUGGGGCUCGCCAGAAACGUCAAGGUUAUAGUAAAAAGGAAUGGCCUAUCAAUGGUGGAAACUGGGGUUUGGUGACACAGAGUUAUCCAGAGAUCAUUAUUACUGGGCAUGCAGAUGGAUCGAUCAAGUUUUGGGAUGCUUCUGCAAUAACAUUGCAAGUGCUGUACAAACUAAAAACAGCUAAAGUCUUUGAAAAAUCAAAAAAUAAGGACGACAGACCUAGCACAGACAUAGUAGAUGAAGACCCAUAUGCCAUUCAGAUCAUCUCGUGGUGUCCAGAAAGCAGGAUGCUAUGCAUAGCAGGAGUUUCUGCACAUGUCAUUGUUUACAGAUUCAGCAAACAAGAAAUUACAACAGAUGUGAUUCCGAUGCUUGAAGUACGGCUAUUGUAUGAAAUAAAUUAUAUAGAGUCUCCAGAUUCUGAGCAAGUGCCACCACUCCCUACUCCAGGCACAGGUUCCAACCCUCAGUCCAUUGCUCCCCAGUCUCAUCCGUCCACUAGCAGCAGCUCAUCUGAUGGGCUUCGUGAUAAUGUCCCAUGUUUAAAAGUUAAAAACUCUCCCCUCAAGCAGUCUCCAGGCUACCAGGUUGAGCUGGUUAUCCAGUUAGUAUGGGUGAGUGGAGAACCACCUCAACAAAUAACAAGCCUUGCAAUCAACUCUGCCUAUGGCUUAGUAGUUUUUGGCAAUUGUAAUGGUAUUGCAAUGGUUGAUUACAUCCAAAAGACCACACUUUUAAACCUUGGCACCGUUGAAUUGUAUGGUUCUAAUGAUCCUUAUAGGAGGGAACCCCGAUCUCCACGUAAAAGCAGACAACCAUCUGGAGGCAUGCUGGCUGUGGCUUCUUGCAUGUGUGGCCUCUCUAACUUAUAUUCAGAGUCUGUGAAAAAACUUCGCACCUCUUAUAUAAGUCUUUGUGAUAUUAAUGAAGGUACAGCUGUACAAGAGGAUCGUUGCAAGUCACCCACCUCAGGUUCUGGUUCUCCCAACAAUUCUGAUGAUGAUCAAAAAAUGAAUAAUUUUAUAGAAAAGGUGAAGACCAAAAGCAGAAAGUUUUCCAAGAUGGUAGCCAAUGAUAUAGCAAAGAUGUCUAGAAAAUUAAGCUUACCAACUGAACUGAAACCUGAGUUAGAUGUUAGAGACAACUCCUUCAGCAGAUCCAGGAGUUCUAGUGUCACCAGCAUUGACAAGGAAUCUCGAGAAGCAAUUUCAGCUCUUCAUUUCUGUGAGACUUUCACACGAAAAGCUGAUACAGCACCUUCACCCUGCUUGUGGGUUGGCACUACGUUGGGUACAGUUCUAGUCAUUGCAUUGAAUUUACCCCCAGGAGGAGAGCAAAGACUACUUCAGCCAGUAAUUGUAUCUCCCAGUGGAACCAUACUAAGGCUUAAAGGGGCAAUACUGAGAAUGGCUUUUCUGGACACUACAGGCUCAUUAGUUCCACCAGCAUAUGAACCCUGGAGAGAACCCAAUGUUCCUGAAGACAAGGACGAAAAGGAUAAGGUGAAGAAACGCCGGCCUGUCUCAGUGUCUCCAUCCUCCUCUCAGGAAAUCAGUGAAAACCAAUAUGCAGUGAUAUGUUCUGAAAAGCAAGCAAAAGUUAUUUCACUGCCUUCACAGAACUGUACUUAUAAGCAAAAUAUUACAGAGACUUCAUUUGUCCUUCGUGGAGAUAUAGUGGCACUGAGUAACAGUAUCUGCCUUGCUUGUUUCUGUGCCAAUGGACAUAUAAUGACUUUUAGUUUGCCAAGUUUAAGGCCGUUGUUGGAUGUAUAUUACUUACCGCUUACCAACAUGCGGAUAGCCAGAACAUUUUGCUUCACCAACAAUGGGCAAGCUUUGUACCUUGUCUCACCUACAGAAAUCCAGAGAAUCACCUAUAGUCAAGAAACAUGUGAAAAUCUGCAGGAAAUGUUGGGUGAACUCUUCACACCAGUAGAAACACCAGAAGCACCAAACAAGGGGUUCUUCAAAGGCCUAUUUGGAGGUGGUGCACAAUCACUUGACAGAGAGGAACUCUUUGGAGAAUCAGCUGCUGGAAAGGCAUCAAGGAGCCUUGCCCAGCAUAUUCCAGGUCCUGGUGGUAUUGAAGGGGUGAAAGGAGCAGCAUCGGGAAUAGUUUGUGAAUUGGCACGAGCCAGAAUAGCACUAGAUGAAAGAGGACAGAAGUUGGGAGAACUGGAAGAACGAACAGCAGCCAUGAUGGCCAGUGCCGAUUCUUUCUCAAAGCAUGCGCAUGACAUGAUGUUGAAAUGCAAAGAUAAGAAAUGGUACCAGUUCUGACAACGCAUUUCCAAAUGCAUCUAUAUAACUUUACCUUGAAGAAAAAUCUCCUUUUCAUUAACUUCUGCAGGACCAGCAGAAGUGCAAGGGUAUCAGCCAAUGGAUACUGAUCUUUCCUAGCACAAAUCACACACUGUUUUACCUCAGUCAUGCAGCUUUAACUGAGGGUCAUUAUAUUUAAAACUGGCACCCACACAGUGUGUGUGUGUCUUCUUUACCUGUGGGCUGACUAGGAGCUUGGGAACAGAGUCAACAAGAGAACACAUGGACAAAAAGGAAACUUUGGUAUCAGAUGAGCAGGGGCAAUGCAGGAUCUAUCCUGUAUUAAUAUUUCAUAUGCCAAAAGUUUUUGUGCUAUUGUUGUUGCUGCCAGUGUUUCAUCCUCCUGUAGGAGGCUGCAAUAAAUCAGGGGUCCAAGAGCUAGAAUAAAGUUGUUCAUCUUAGGGGACUACUAGUAGCUGAUCUAUACCUUCCCUCCUUAGAGCACGCCAUUAUAGCUGUUACUAGAAAUGACUUGAUGCCACCAAUUUUCUGAUCUGACAAAAGAAGUAUGCGAGCUCCAUUCUGAAUCUAUACAUAGUUAACAUGCACAUAGUAUCUUCUUGGACCCCUGAUCUAGUAUUCUUGUAUUUGCAUCACCAUACUGUGGCUGUGUUUGGAUGUCAUUAUAAACCAUAGCUUAUUGUGACAGAAAUGAAAAGCAGCAAGCAUUUGGGCUCUUGCACACACACUCUCUCUCUUCCUUUGUUGUAGCUACAAGAAGGUCAUUGGAAGCUUUUGAUUAACCAUAGCUUGUUGAUUUUAUCUGAACCUGACAUAAUGUGGUUAAUUUUCAGUAUGGUUUAUUUGAAACAUACUUUCAAUUAUACUUUCAAGCCAUAGAUUAUAAAGCUGUCCUGUUUUGAUGAACCAUUGUAACACUUAACCAUGGUUUAAGGUUUGGACCUGACACUAUAUAGUUAAUCCAAAACAAAGCAAAAGCUUCAAAACUUCUCGCAGCCACACCAGAAGAAAAAAGAUGACACAUGAGGCUUGCUGCAGCUCAUUCCCAUCACAACGAACUGUGACUUAGCAUGACAUCUGAACACAGCCCAUGUCAAGUGCAAAGCAAGAGAAGUUUUUUUGCAUUGUAAAAAAAAAAAAAGUGAUUCAACUGCACAUCAUGCUGAGUUUUCAUUUGUGUUAUGGCUGUGUAGUGUAAAAAGUUAAAAAAAAGUCUACCACAAUGAGGAAAAAAAUGUCAUCUUUCAGUCAACCCUACCUUUUUUAUUUUCCUGAAAAUACAGUUAGUCAAUUUAUAAAAUAUUUGUAAUUGGUUUUGAGUUCAAUUCAUGCUGUACAUCUUCUUUUGUGUGUUUUAAGAGAAUGUAUUAGUGCAGGCACUUAAACAGGAUCUGUCAGAUACGUAGCUAGUUUAUAUGCCCAAUCAGACUUAACUACCAGGUGAAAUAUUCCUUAGUUCAAGCAGUGUUGAACUCUGAGAUACAACUUGAUGGGUAAUAGCAAUCAUUUUUAUCACUUGCAUUAGAUUAAAAUGGUUCUUGGGUUUUUUUCCCCCAAAUACAGUUCAAGGAACCUGUUAGCAAGUAGAAAAAAAAAAAGCAGCAAAGAAGCUGUCUCCAGAAUUUCAAGCACAUUUACUUGGGAGCAAGUACCGUUGAUUUGAAUUGACUUUUCCUCCAUGUAAGUGUUCUUAAGUUCACUGCAUGAAUUGCCGAGUGACAUUAAAGUCAGAAUGGAUUGUUUCCUAAACUUGGCAUUUAAAAAAUGAAUAUUUUACCACUUUAGCAGCUGGUAGAUUCCUACUUUGAUUUGUAUGAGAUGAGCGAUUUAAGAUGUGCCAAAUUGAAGCAGUAUAUUUUAGCUAAUGAAGGUUGCACCAAAGCCAUAGUGUAAUAAGAGUAUAUGAAUUUAUUUUUAAAAAAAAUAUUUAUGAAAAUGCAUAAAUAAUAACCUUAGUCAUGUUGGAAACUGGAAAUAGUACGAAUUUGUGAUAAUUUGCAAGCAGCCUGAACUAGUUGAGGCUUUGUUUGUAAGAAAGUGCCAGUGUAUGGCCAGAGGUUUGGGGUUUUAUUUUCCUAAACUUGGUGGUGCUGUGCACAUGUUGAAUGGGUUGUCUUAACUUCUAACAUUGUGAACAUAGACUGCAGUUUGAGCCAAAACAAAAUUCCCUAGUGUGGGUUCAGCAUUGGCAUUUAAAAAUUGUGUUCCCCGUUCCUCAAAUGUCAUGUGCAGUCCAGGUUGAAAAAGUUACUGGCUGGUCCUGCAUAGUGUGUUUUGCUUUUAAA